AUUGUGUGCUUGGGAAGUCGUCUGCUGGUUUGAAAACUCUCGGUUGGAAACACUCGAUUGGGAAUUGGUAGUCUCACUUAAUUUUCUGUGCUUGGAGACUUCACUUCGCGUUUGGAGGAUCAGAUCCACGUUUAUUCCGUCAGCGACUUGCUAAAUAAAAAAAUAAAUUAAUCGACACGCGCUCCCCUCCUUCUCUCUCGCCCGCCCGCUCGUUAUAUUGUUCGUCGGUGUGUGUGCCGCGAUUAAUAAUAAUAAAAUAAAAGGAAAUUUGCCAGCGUUUCGAAGCUGGGAAAUCGCAGGACGCAGCCACUGCACUGCGCGUCGUGUGUGAAGGAAAACGCCAGGUCCUGGUCCAAUCCACAAACCGAAUAAUCGCAUAAAAAAAAUAAAGCCUUGGAAAAACAACUGCGUCGUGCACCAUUUUGUGAUAUAUUAUUUGCCCCCUCCCUGUGCAAUUCUCUAAAGUUAAAAUAAUUACUAGCAAUUGGUUUCUGCGGAAGCCAUCGACAUAUUUCAACAACUGUGAUUCCAAACUCUGAGUUUUUGUUUCAAACUCAUAAAAUUUUCAUGAGAAAAACGGAAAACGUGCACCGUCAAUAAUUUGCUGCAGUCACGAAGCGAAACAAACACAAGCAUAGCUUAAUAAUUGGACGAACUGAUUAAACAACAGUUAAAACAACGGCGGAUCAACAGUUGAUAGUUUCUGGUUGCUGGUUGCAAGUUGCGCGUUGCACGUUGCCGAUUGCACGCUUCCACGACUGAAAAUAGCAGGAAGGAAAGGAGUCACUGCAGGAAGCAGACGAAGAAACUUCGCUGGGCGAAAGUAAAAGCGGAUAAGCAAAUCGCGAAUCGGAAAAUCAAACAAAAGAAACCGCACCAACAACAACAACACAGGCGCUUCAGCCAUGGAACGUGAAUCCAAUCCAAUGCAACCCAUGUGCCGCUCCGGUUGCGGCUUCUAUGGUAACCCAGCCACAGAUGGUCUCUGCUCCGUAUGCUAUAAGGACUCGCUUAGGAAAAAGCAACAGCCACCUGUGAGCAGCACACCUGUCUCAGUUCCAAGCCCACAACCUAGCCCUACAUUCAGUCCGGCCAUUGCAAUCACCAACACCGCACAGCCCACAGUCACCAGCUUACAACAGCCACACAACGAUGUCAAAGAGAAAAUAACCGACGAAGCCGCCGCUGCUGCCAAAGUCAAUAGCGAAGCCAUCACAUCGGCGACUGGUCCAAACACUUCCACACAAGCAGCCGCCUCCGCCAACGAGGAGGACGACAAGGACAAGGAGGACGAUAAGGAUGCCAAGAAGAAGAAGAACCGAUGUGGUGAAUGCCGCAAGAAGGUUGGCCUGACCGGUUUCCAGUGUCGCUGCGGCGGUCUUUACUGCGCCGUGCACCGUUAUUCUGAUAAACAUAACUGCACAUUCGAUUAUAGAGAGCAUGGCGCACAAGAGAUCCGACGCAACAAUCCGGUUGUCGUUGGCGAGAAAAUUCAAAAGAUUUGAAUUUUGAUAUUGUGCCAGUAACAGUAACAGUAACAGUAGCCGUAGAAUGAUAAUAACCAACAACUACACAUCAUAAGAGUAUAUAAUAUGCUACGCUAUAACAAGAAAUCAGCAACAACAACAACAACAGCAGAAAGAGCAGCAAGGAGCAUAAAAAAAAAACACCAAACACACUCAUACACGACCAUACACCAGCCACACACAUCCAUGCCCACACUUACACACAACACAGAGAGUAAUACCUAUAAAUCGAUAUAAACUGUAAUUGUAAUGUAAUUAUAAUGUAAACAGCAAAGGCAAGCAACAAUAGUACAGAGAAACGAUAACCAAAAACCCCGCAACAAAUACAGCAACAACUGGAACAACAAUUUCGAUGCUCAAUCAACGUGUCCAGCGAGCCAACAGGAGGCAGCAGUUCGGCAGUUAACACCUUUGUACAUCAUCUUGAACCAGACGCGUAACAGCGUUAGCAAGUAAAACAACAGCAAUUGCAUCAGCAACAACAACAACAACACCAACAGGUGCAGAGAAGACAACAUCCGCGCAGGAACUUCAACUACAAUGCCGCCGCCACCACACGAUUGUCUGCUGAGCUGGGCUAAGAGGAGGAACUCUUUGAAAAAGAUCCACCGCCGCCUAUAUCGCCUAACGUUGAAAUGUUUUGUUAUUCCAAAAUACAAUUCAAAAUUGUUUGUAUUUAAUAUUGAAAAAAGAAAAACACUCCCAACACACACCGCCCCACAAUUACAACGACAACAAGCACACAACAACAACAACCAUUGUUUCAAGUUUACCAUACAACGCAAACAACUUUUAAGUAA